AUGCCGGAUGAGAAGAAAGCGCAGGCAACUUCCAAGAAGGGCGCCAAAAAAAUCAUCAAGAAGGCGCCGGGGAAAGGCGGCAAGACAAAGAAACGAUCCAGGAAAGAAAGUUACGCCGUCUACAUCUAUAAAGUGAUGAAGCAGGUUCACCCCGACACCGGCAUCUCCUCCAAGGCGAUGAGCAUCAUGAACUCGUUCGUCAAGGAUAUUUUCGAGCGUAUCGCGGGGGAGGCUUCCCGCCUGGCCCAUUACAACAAGCGCAGGACCAUCAGCUCCCGGGAGAUCCAGACCGCGGUGCGGCUGCUGCUGCCUGGGGAGCUGGCCAAGCACGCCGUGUCGGAGGGUACAAAGGCGGUGACCAAGUACACCAGCUCCAAGUGAGACCCCACAUUGUGCUGAGAAAAACACACAUCCAAAACCCAACGGCUCUUUUCAGAGCCACCCACAAUUUCAAUGAAGCAGUUGAACCAUUUUACGUUUGUAAAUGAUUCUCGGUGUCUAUGGUUAAUGUCCCUAAUCUUUAUCUUUGUUUACACAAACGUUCUAAACAUUACCGUGCGGUCCCUGUCCCUCUGUCGGUUAGUUUCGGUUGCCUUCCUACCCAGUCUCUCCUCCCUCCCUGUACAGAAAGCACAUUCAUCGUCACUCAGUCAUUUUUUUUUCAACAACUCCUUUGUGUUCCAGUUAUUAUUUACCCCUUGAUCAGGAAUUUCACCCCCUGGAAAGAAAACUAACUGCUCGAGUCCCACGAACAGAUGUUGGGGGAUACUUGUCAUUGAGGAUAUCAGCUGUCGGUGAGAGGCUUUCAAAAUGAGCUGAGAUAAAGCCCGAGCCAGGA